CAUUUCACCCGCAAAACCCUUCACAUUUCCAGCUGUGACCAAAGCACGCCUGCCCCCCUUCACGUGGCCCCAUCCUUUCCAACUAACUGAACCCUGGUUAAAAUCCUAACCCUCUCUUCAGCCCUCCUCCAAAAUCAUUCCUUUUUAGCUCUUCUUUGUUCUUCCACACGGACUCUCACUCUCUGCUUCUUAACUGGCUGAGCUCCGCCGAUCUCUUCAACGUUCACGAUGGGCGCAUUUCACCCACUCAACCUCUUCCUUUUCACACUCUCUUUAGUUGCUAUUACAGCCCAUGCCCACAAUAUUACUGCCAUUCUCGAAGGCUUCCCGGAUUACUCUGUUUACAACAGCUUCCUCUCCCAAACAAAGCUAGCCGAUGAGAUCAACAGCAGAGAAACAAUCACUUGCCUUGUCCUCAGCAAUGGGGCCAUGUCUGCCCUCACGGCCAAACAUCCCCUUUCCGUCAUCAAAAACAUCCUUAGCCUUCACGUUCUUCUAGACUACUAUGACCCGCAAAAGCUCCACCAAAUCUCUAAGGGCACUACCCUCACUACCACUCUUUACCAAACCACCGGAAAUGCCCCUGGAAACCUGGGUUUUGUCAACAUCACCGAUCUCCAAGGUGGAAAAGUCGCCUUCGGCUCCGCCAUUCCCGGGUCCAAACUCGACUCCUCUUACACCAAGUCCGUUAAGCAGAUUCCCUACAACAUCUCUAUCAUUGAGAUCAGCGCUCCGAUUAUUGCUCCGGGGAUUUUAACUGCUCCUGCCCCGUCGGCUUCCGACGUCAACAUCACCGGUUUGCUCGAAAAAGCAGGCUGCAAGACUUUUGCUAGUUUGCUUAUCAGCAGCGGCGUGCUUAAGACUUAUGAGUCCGCGCUUGAUAAAGGUUUGACCAUUUUUGCGCCGUCUGAUGAAGCUUUUAAAGCCGAAGGUGUUCCUGAUCUGAGCAAGCUCACGAAUUCCGAUCAAGUCACGCUUCUACAGUACCACGCCUCGCCAGAGUACAAGCCUAAGGGGACAUUGAAGACGACGAAAGAUCCGCUCAAUACAUUGGCCACAAGCGGUGCUGGAAAGUUCCAUCUGAAAGUUACGACAGCCGGCGACUCUGUCACUCUUCAUACUGGAGUUGGCUCAUCCAGAGUCGCCGAAGCGGUUUUCGACUCACCACCAGUUGUCAUUUUCACCGUCGACAACGUCUUGCUUCCUUCUGAGUUAUUCGGCAAGUCUCCAUCCCCAGCACCUGCCCCGGAGCCAAAUUCUUCUCCUUCACCGACACCAUCUGUGUCUCCAAGUCCAGCUCCAGCAUCCGAAGCACCAUCGCCGCUGGCCGCUUCACCACCAGCUCCACCAACGGAAACUCCCGCCGGAUCACCGGCCGAAGGGCCAGCUGGUUCGUCAGAGAACAGCACCUCGGAUAAUUCUGCUGGUCACGUGAGUGCUCCUCUGUUGCGCACUGUUAUUUUCACUGUCUUUGCCACUGUCGUUUUCUCGGCUCUCUUGUCCUGAACCGUAAUUAUGCCGGUCUGUUAAUUUGUUCUUUUCUUAUUAGUUUUUUUUUUUCUUCGAGUUGUUAUUUAGAGAGGGUUUUUUAUUUUUAAUUUAUUUUGGAUUUUUAAUUAAUGGGGUGUUGGGAAUUGAGAGGGAAGGUGAGACGCAGCUGCGGACUUUGGCAGCAACUGGGUGUGAAGCGGAAUACUGGCACGGUGUUUUCACCUAAACAUUUUUUUUCUUUGUAUUAAUUACAUUUUCCUUAGUGUUUGUUUAUUUAAUCAAUUUUUGCUGUGAGGUUUAAGGAUUAGAUUAGAUUAUUGCAAUUAGCUACUGUGAUGGAAGUGAGAAUUAGGAAUGGGGACUGUUAGCGCACGUGGAUGGCUCCACUUUUCAAUUCUGUAGGGACCAUGGAUUUUAAAAAGAUUUGGGUUUUUAUGUCUGGUCCAUGUCCCCCACGCCCAUAGAAAUAGAGUGGGGUUUUAUUUC